AUGUUUUUAGAUUUGUAAAUCUACUACUUUUUGGGGCUAUUUGUAGUUGGAAUAGAUAACAUUUCUAGUUGGUUAAUCUAUAAUUGGAGGUUAGGUAUCUAAAGAAUCAAGAAUUUUAACGAUAUAUUUGGGUUAACUCUAAUUGAAGAUUAGUCUACUUAAGACUUGCCUCAGAAGGAUAGGGCAGAACUUCAGAUUAUGUUAUCUCUGCAACUUGAGUGGAUUGGAUGUGAAAUGAUUACAUUUUUAUAAGUCACUAAAUUAAUAAUAUAUAUUGUUUCGAUUAAAAUGAAAAGUUCAAGGAAAUCACCGUAAAAGAUGAAAGCCUUUAACAUACUUCAUCUUGAACAUGUGGCAAAUCGAAUCGAUCAAUUGCUCAAUCCUACUUAAAGAGAGUAAUUUACAUAGAUAAGACAAAUCAAACCAGGAAUCAAAUUUGUCAUUAACAAUAAAUUGACUGCCUAUAAGUAAAAACAAUCAGUUUUUGAUUAAAUAUAAUCUUCUCGAUCCAGUAUAAUUCAAACUCAAGACAGAUAAAGAAGGUAGAACAACAACUCUUCAAAAAGUUCAUCAUUUUUGGAAAAAAAAAUAAAUUAAUUAAAAAAAGAACUAGGCGAUUUAUAAAAAGCCAGACUAUUAGAAAAAACCAAACCCAUGUAUUCUGUUCACAAGAUGGCCCUUUAGAAUAAUCUAUAAGAAAUCCCUUAGGAAUAAAAAUUGUUGAUUAUAGACAGGAAACUGUAGUCAGCCAGAAAAAUAAUCGAUAAAUCAAUUGAAGAAUAGAAUGGUCCCUACAAGAAGAAAUCAUAAUAACAUAUGUUUUUUUAGAACAUAGUUAUCGAAAACUCAUUGAAUAAUAUAGAUAUUAGUAUUCCUACACCAGAAUUAAGAGCAAAAGUGAGGGUAGUUCCUUCACAAUAACGGAGUGUCAGCCAAGGUUUAAUAACAAAAUAAAAGAGGCCAAUAAAGAUGUGGAACAACGAUCUUAUCGAAUUCAAAGGUUGGGAUGUCGAAGAAGAAGAUGAUUACUUAAGAUUAGGAUGA